AGUAUAAAACACUUGCGCUCACGCCACAACUGUAUCACAUCACUGUGUCCUCCGUUCCUCUCAUCUCCUAAUAGACAAACCGACAAAUCAACAUGAAGGCUUAUAUGUGUGUGGUUUUCUUCGCCGCUGCCGUCUUGGCCGCGCCCGAGGGAAAGCGCGACAAACGCGGCUUCCUUCACGGAGACCUGCAUCACUCCCUGGAUUUCGGACACAGCUUUGACUCCGUGCAUUUGCAUAGUGCCCCCAUCAUUCAGAGCGCGCCUGCCGCUAGGAUCAUCUCCGUCAACAAAGUGGUGGAGGUACCGCGAGUGGUCGAAGUAAAGAAGAUCGUCUCCGUCCCUAAAGUCGUGUCAGUGCCAGAAAUCGUGAGAGUGAACAAGAUCGUUGAGGAGCCACACUACCACUUGGGUUCUUCCCACUACUCCCUGGGUUCCUCUUACUCUUCCGGAUGGUGGUGAUCUGCCAGUCUCUAGUCAACAUUAGUCUACGUAGUUAAUUAAGUGCCAUCAACCUUGAAUUAAAGCGAAGCGAAUCAAAUUUAAACCUAAUUCGACUUCAUUUGGACUAGCCUCGCUGCUUCCGACGGACUUUGCUUGGAAAACUUACUUAUUUUAAGAAUACACAAUUUUUUUAAUAACUUGUUUUCUUUUACUACAUUAUUGUUAAAUCCCUUAUGUCACCAUUUCUCAAUUAGAUUACUUAUCCUGUCACAAUAAAGGCGCUCUCAUGUUAUGCUAGAAUAAUAGAUCUAAUAAAAGCAAUAAUUAUUUAUCUA